AUGUUGACGCCGUUUUAUCGUAGGUUCAAUUCUAAGAGGCUGACUAAAGAGUCCCGGGUAGAGUCUCGGUAUUCUACCUACUUGAAGAAUAUAAAGAUCUUCAAGACGAGGAUCCCGUUGAGGCUCUCCUUCGAGGAAAUAGUUAGGAACAAGGCCUACUCCCCAUGCUCCCUAAACGACUUCAUGGACUAUUUAGUAUACGUGGAGCACGGUGCGGAAAAUCUUCAAUUCUUCCUUUGGUUUUGCGGCUAUGUCGAGAGAUGGAGUCAAUUGCCCGAGUCGGAGAAGGAACGAUCUCCUGUAUGGGGAGUAGGGAGGAGGACAAAUGUCCGACCAAAUACACGAUCGGAGAGGUUGGGAGAAAGCGCAGAUAAGUUGAGCCGUAUACUUGCGAUCUUGGACCGAGGCACAACGACGAUUGAACGGACCACAUCAGUGAAAGAGUUAGAAUCUAAAGGAGAUCAUGUGGACAAGAACUUCUCAAGACCGCGAACACCAGCAACUGGAGUAGAGAUGAAACAAGGAGACCGAAAUGAUUGGCAAUGGCAACCUUUCUCUGCUCAACCUUUUCGAUACGAAGCCACAAAAGUAGCCCGGCAUUACAUCUCGACCUCUGGGCCACGAAAGUUGAACCUGACGUACCAGGACCGGACUUCCUGCAUGCACGCCCUGCAGCAUACGACACAUCCGUCUGCUUUCCUCCCAGCUUUCUUAGCUGCCGAGACGACGCUGCGAGGAUAUAGUCACCCCAAAUUCAUUCGUUGGAGCAUUCGCAACAGUAAUGGCUCACGAAUGUUGUUUUCUAGAGUGCUUGGUGUAUGCUUGAUUGGUCUCGGCGUUAUGUUGGACGUCAUUCUGAUUCUUUCCAAGUUCCAGCGCCUAGCUCGAUUGUCUGCAGUGCCGUUCUGGUAUAUUGGACUUUACGUCUUGUUGAUAGAAGGGCGUGGGAUUAGCAUCAGGCUGUACUUGAACCGUAAACGCCACUUGCGCCCCUGGGAGCAGGUUGAAACCACGGACCCCGAAAAUAAGGCGCCGAAUUCGACAGACACUUAUAGUAACAGGCAGCAAGACACGGCACGGGUAGAUCCGCCGAUAAAAGCAAGCAUGCAACCUUUAGGCUCAGCCAAUAAUUUUGGGGGAGAACCGUGGGUCAUAUCAUAUCGGGGGAAGUCAUUCUGGCAGAAGGUCUUCGACGUCUCCGUCGCGAACCGCAAUAGGCACGUGAGGUCUUUGCAAGACAGGGCCGUUUUUACCUCGUUGUUGUGGGCGAGUUUCUUGGUGAUGAUUUUGGCGGUUGGUUCCGUGUUAAUACCCCCUGGCAACCUAUUUUAA